AUGACGCGAGAGAAACUUGCAAAAGCCUUUACAACUCGCUUCGUGAACUCUGCGGCAGAAGCACUUUCUGAUCAACGUAAAAUGAUAGUUUGUAUGCGGGAGAAGGAGGAAUUAAACGCCGAAGAACGACAGUGUCGAGUAGUUGGCUCCAGUCUUCUAAAAAGGCUGUUGAAAGAGAAUGAUUUGCAGAUUAAGUUGCCCGUACCAGUCAAGACAUCAAGCAUAAUUGAUGAUGCCUCAAAGGCGAUCAGUGGUAAAUACGAUGUAACGAUAGGUCCCGAGAGUGGUAAAGCGCUGCAGACUAUUGGUCGUGUCCUGCCCGUCGCUCAGUUGACUGAGACAAGCUGCUCAUUAGCUCAACUGCGUUUUUAUGCGAACGACACAAGCCUGUCUGACUCUUCGAAAUUUCUUGAAGCUGUUCGAGGAAAAGAUGUAACUUUGACAGACGAUGAAUUGCUCACGAUCGCACUGAGCUAUGCUGAACUCUCCUAUGAAGUCGCUGUGCGGCUGCUCGGAUCAAUCGCCAACGAGAAGACAAGGCUUGAUGUAGUGAAGGAUCUUGUAAAUACUGUUCAAAUAUUUGGAAAUGCGACCUUGUUGAGAGAGCAGCGAUUAGAAGAGUCGUCAUCCUUGUCCUUGCAACUGAUUGAGUCUGAUCUAACUGCUGGCGGGUGGUUUGAGGCUGUCUCGCAUUGUUCCGCUAGUCACUGGAAGUGCAGAUUGCUUUAUCAACUCAUCGCCAUAUGCCCUGUGCCCGAAGUUUUCGAUGAUCCAACGUCACCAUUUAACACAAAGUGCUUUCUUCACUGCAUUCGUUAUGGAGCUCACUGCCAGAAGUUGGCAUUUAUUGAAAACGGUGUCCCGUUUGGUCAAGAGACCAUCUCAUUUGACAGUCUGAACCUCAACAUAAAUCAUUGCCAC